AUGGCGGACUACGAACCGUUUGUUAAAGCAGCCACUGUUUCAGGAGAGGUUCCUACAGACAAGGCGGUAUUUUGGCAGGCGGCGUCCACCCUAGCACACGACUAUAGCGGCAGCCGGCGUCGAUACGUGGCCUCUGCUGACACCCUGACUGGCUACCUGGGUAAUCACGUGUUCGCCUGGUGUGGUCAGGAGGCGGAGCCAGGCAUCAACUUUGACAGCUGUCCGCUGGAAGCGGACUGUCCAAGGUUCCAGGGCCAAUAUGCUGGAAUGUGGACAGCCGCGUCGAAAGCGUUUGCAGAGGUAAGCACUGGGGUAAUUCAAAUGAUCCUCAAUGGAACAACUGCAGGAACCAAUGUGGCCUUCAACGAAACAAGGUACUACCAACAAUUUAUGUAA